AUGUCAAUGGAACCACCAACUGGGUUAGGUGCAUUUCCUGUAACGAAAUUCUGCAUGGUAUCUACCGGAUUUGUGUCGAUAUUAGCAUCAGUUAUGUCCUGCAAAUAUUUAUUCCUUGCAAAAUAUGAUCCAUUUAUAGAGGAAUAUCAUCAGUAUUAUAGAUUAUUCACUUAUCAAUUUGGAGCAAUUAACGAAUCAGAUGUAGCAUUACUGAUAUUGAUAUGGUAUCAGUUAAAACAUUUAGAGAGAUUAUUGGGCUCUUACAAGUAUAUCAACAUGAUAUCUCUGAUAUAUAUAUAUACGACAGUGAUAAUUGCCGGUUUAAGUAUUCUUACUAAUACAUUAUUGGGUAUCACAAUUUGGAAUAAUUAUCCUACUGGUGCACUCCCAAUAACUUUGGCAUUGUUCCAUUUCUAUAAAGAAUAUACUCCACAGAUAUAUGAGUUUGAAAUAAUUUUGAGUCCACCUUGGUCAAGGUCAGCAGAUAGUAAACAAUUAAAAUGGAAAUUAAACGAUCAAUUUUAUAUCGAUGCACUAAUAGCGUUAUUGUUAAUCAAUCAAGGGCUAGCUGGAUUAGGAUGUGGAUUUCUCAGUUGGUUAGUUGGUGUAUUCUUAGACAAAGGUUUACUUCCUGGAAUUGAAGGUUGGAGGUUACCAUUUAGCAACAGAAUUUUUUCAAAGAAAUCUACUGGGACUAAUACUGAAAGGAACACAACUGAAAAUAUGGGCAAUGGAGCUGUAUCUGGUACUAACUCGGUGGCUGGCUCUGCAAAUGUGUCAACAGCAGAAUUGCCAUCCAGAGAAGAAGAAGUACCCGAUGAUGAACCAGCACGUCCAUUGGGUGUCCAAUUUUUAGAUACAUUCCGUAGAUAA